GCGACUGGCCCAAGGAGGAAAGAGUGACUCUCCCAGUCAUCAGUGUUCACUUUGCGUCGUGUCAGUCAAAAUGUUUGGCGAAUGAACGUGCCAGUUUGGCGUUCUUAACUCAAAACACGCACUUUUUAGUUCGGUGGAGUGCAGUUUUUUUAGUGAGUGUCGGAAGCGUAAGAUUCUUUUCUGCGAUGGACACAAUGUCAGUGUCGCGAGGCAGUCCAGCACCUUUAUCUUAUCGCGUGGAUGUGUAAGGGUCGGUCGGAGCGAUGCAGGUGGCGAGGCAUUCCCACGACAGCGGCAGCAGUUCGCCCCUGGAGCGACUGUCGCCGCGCAAGCAGGCGAGUUUUAGGGUGCGCGGCGGCCCGUCGAGUCGGCGCCGCAACUCGCGUGCCCUCCGCGCCACGACCGUCUCCGCCCUCACCUCAAAGUUCAACAAUCUGUCGGCCGAGGCAGCCAAAGGCAAGGACGAGGCCAAGGGCGGCCGCCCCGUCACCGGCCACCCCCACCGACUGAACUCGCCGAGCAAACGCAAACCCCCGCCCGCGACCACCAAUACGGCUGCGCCCAAUUUGAAUGACGACCUGCGACUUUGUCACGGCACCGUCAAACACACCAUCAAGCUAUUUGAGAAGAUCGAAACUCACAAAAGCGCAGUGCCAAAAGAACAAGUCGCUGCCAACGAUGCCGAGCAACAACAAAAGUUGCAAGAAGCGCCUUCGACACCGCCGUCGAUCCCAAAGCCCAAAGUGAUGCUCAAGCCGACCGCCUCGUUCAUCAGUCGCAAAGUGUCCGAACUGAAGUUUUCCGGCCGAAAGACCAACCAGGUCCAGCCGAUGCCACAACAAGUGCCACAAAAAACUGCCCUCUUCAAGCUCAGCAAACCGCAGGACGAGAAACGUACAAAAAAGGAAGAGGAGAAUAUAAAGAUUAUAAGUGCCGAAAAAGUGCCAAACAUGAAAAACCGCUCCUACAUCCAUUCCUUUGAUACAGAGAAUCUCAGCUCUAGAGUGGAGCCGUUGUUGCCAAGCAUCAGCGAGACAAGCGUCGGCACCGAAUUUUUCGAAUGUGAUAAUGCGCCGUCGCCUCCGAUGAGCAACGACAUUUCUCUGGUCGACGAAGUGUUGAAGGAAUUGGAAAGCAACAAGCUCAUCGCUGAAUGCAAAGUGCAGCUGGACGAGCUGACUGCGGCGGCGGCCAAGGCGCAGCCCAAUGUGUCAUUCCUCUUCAGCAGCUCUGCCAUACAGCAAGCCAAACAGGAGCCCCUUCCAGAGACUGAUGAGAAUCAAUUGAUAUGGAACCCAGAGGACUAUGACGAUGUUUACGCGUCAUCCACUUUGAGGCCCACAAGCAAAGUGGUUGGGCCUGGUGAAGAGGUCUACGACUACCCCCUGCCAAAGAACAGCCUAGACGAGUACACAUAUGACGACUGCGGCCCUUCGGAGGGAAUUUACGAAGACACCGCCACCGUUUACGAGUCCAUUGGCUCGUGCGCCCCCAGCUAUUUUGAGAAAAACAGUUUGUACGGCGGCAUCGAGAUGCUCAGGGCGCUGCCCCAGGCCAACUUUUUGAGCAGCUCCUCCUCAAGAAGCCCCUCUCUCAGCUCCAGAGCUGAAAUUAACUGUGAUGGAGGCAGAUCUGAAAGCGAAAGACAAAGUGAAACUGGCAGCGACGAGUGGAUGGAUUUGGAGAUUUCAGAGCCAGAAGAAAAACCAUCUAGGUUGGAGUUGCCACCAAUUCCAACAAUUCACAAAGAGAAAACAAAGAACAGGCGGAGUCCCAGUUGGUCCCUCAAAGUUCGCCAGCAGUGGACGCACUCGCUGAAGAGGAGACCCCUCAAUUACAGCAAUUCAAACAGUGCAAGUGAUGACAACCACUAUGAGUCCCUGUAUGAAAUGCUUCCUGGAGACAGGACGGGCAGGUCACCCUUGGCCGUUCCAACCUCUCCGCCACCUCCACCGCCUAUUGAUGAAACGUACGACAGUGACAUCACCGAUUCCAGUUUUGAUUCCGAUUCAGACACUGAGUUUGAAACUGUCACUCUGCGGCGUAAUGAGGUGCUGCUGCCUGAAUUGCCACCACCGCCAGCCAGUCAAACAGGUGGCAUGACCAAAUUCGCGGAGGCCGCCUCCAAAAAGAUGAAAGACUUCAAAAAGACGUGGAAAAGGGGGAUAGGAGAUAAAUUGAGGAGGCUCAGCACGCCAAAUCCGGUCGCGAUUUUUGAAGCUCAAAAUGCAGUCAUGAAAGAACAAGCUCAAAACAAUCAGCCGACAAACAGCGCCACAACGCCAACCAAAGAGCCGUCGAAAAAGUAUUGGACGUUUAGGAAAAACAGCAAGGCAAGUCGGUCUCCGAAUCUCUCCACGCAAAAGAGCACAGAUUCAGCAAGUAGUAUUUUCUACGUCGGAACAGACGAUCUUGAAAUCGGCGAGAAAGAUGAUUACAUGAGGCAUUCCGUGACUGAAGCCGCUUUGUUUAGUGGCCCGUCGAGUAGUUCGGCAAGUCUGGAGAGUGAAAAUGUACCGCGCCGGCACAGCAGCAGCGUUAUUCGGCCCAAAACGCCACCCCCGCCGCCUCCAACAGACGCCGCCAGGAACGGCAAAUCCAUGGAGUGGUACGCAGAAAUCGAAUUAUCUAGUCUUCAACACCAUCAAAACACCAGUCUCUCAGAAAUCGAUACCCAAAGUCAACGAACUGAAUCAAGCGAUGACGUCGCCAGCAACAACAAUGGCUCUGAGGCGAGUUUCACUCCAGCCUGCUUUGAGGACGAACCGCUGUACCAAUUUUACGCAGAAUCGGUAUUGCAGCAAGCUCAACGGGAGCUGAACGAGGAGUCUGAUUCGGACGGUUAUGAAGAGAUUGGCGAGAAAAUGAUUUCAAGGCCGAGCGCGAUGGAGCUCAUCAAGCCGCAAUCGCCGUCGGGUCAGAGGUCGCUGUGGUGCGAAAUCCCUGAUGUCAUCAACAGCGGCGUGCUCGACCGGCUAAAUCAACAACAACGGAAGCUGCAGGAGGCCAAGUUUGAAAUCAUCACGUCCGAAGCGUCAUACAUCAAGUCACUGAACGUUUUGGUCAUGCACUUUGUACUUUGCCCAGAACUUCAGGACGAGCUUGUUCUUUCCAAGACUGAUAGGGAUAUUCUUUUCUCAGGCAUUCGGCCAGUAAAAUCCUGUUCAGAGCGAUUUUUGGCCGAUUUGGAGAAAUGCUGGCAAGAGAGCAUUCUCCUUACAAACAUUUGCAAUGUGAUGGAGAGGCACGCGGCCAAAAACCUGAACGUUUACAUCAAAUAUUGCUCACAACAAAUUUACCUUGACCGAACUUUGAAACAUCUGAGGCAAACCAACUCGGCUUUUUCGGAUGUGCUAACCCGCCUUGAAAGUGACCCUGAAUGCCAGGCGCUGUCCCUCCAUUCCUUCCUCAUGCUGCCCAUGCAAAGGGUCACGCGGCUGCCUCUUUUGUUUGACGCCGUGCUUCGCAGACUGAACGCCAACACUGACGAGUACAACUCGUGCAAGAACGCCCUGAUGAUGGUCAAUAAGUUGGUGCAAGACUGCAAUGAGGAGGCGCGGAAGAUGGAGCGAAUGAAGGACAUGAUCGAGUUGUCACGGCAGCUCGAGUUCAAGAGCGACAUGCGCGCCAUUCCUUUGAUUUCCACCUCAAGGUGGCUCGUCAGGUCAGGCGAAAUGACGCAGCUGCUCAUGAAGGACGAGGCCAAACUCACCUUUGGAAGGAAAUUCGCCAAACAAACCGUUUUCGUCUUCCUUUUCACGGACUAUGUUAUAGUGGCAAAACGAAAAGGAGAGGAGGGCUAUCAAGUGUUGGACUACUGUGCCAGAAACAUGGUGGAGGUUGUGAACCCUGAGGACUACGCAGAGGGGACUAUCAGUCUGCCGUGGAGGAUCAGUGAUAUGUCGUCCAAGAACAUGCUAUUGCUGACCCUUUUACAAAACCAUGAGAAGAAAAUGAAUGAAAUGGUGUUGUCUUGUCAACUGGAGUCUGACAAGCAGAGGUGGCUGGCCGCCUUCACCACUCCUCAAACUUCUCAGGAAAACCCCGAAGAAAGGGUGUACGAGUCGUGGGACUGCCCUCAGGUGCAAGCCAUCCACGCCUACGUCGCUCAGCAGCCAGACGAGCUCUCGUUGGAGGUUGCCGAUGUGGUCAACGUCCUCAGAAAACUCCCCGAUGGUUGGUAUCAGGGAGAGCGAAUCAGAGACGGCGAGUGCGGCUGGUUCCCAGAAAACUACUGCAAGGAAAUCCUUUCGAGUCACGUUCGGGCACGCAACCUGAGGCAAAGGUACCGCUUGUUGGCCCUGACCAGCGAGUUCAUUGACGGCCAGAGGAAGGCGCGCCUCGGCACCCCCAACAACUCCAAAAUCAAACUCACCUCGAGCGAGAAGCUUGAGAUCCUUUAACUGAAUUUAAAUUGCUAAUUUAAAAAACAAAGAACACAAGCGCUGUACAUUUCCUUCACUUUUGUAUAUUUAUAAAAAUGUAUUUUCUUCUCGUCAACACAUUUUGCUAAACGGAUUAAAUUUAAUGAGAACAAAAAUGAUUGCCAUUGUAAUUGUUAAUUUACGUUAACCAUCGUUUUGUGCAGACUCUGCUCUGCCUCAAACGAAACAAAGUUUCAAGCUGAAAGUUAUUUAUAUUGAAAUAAAAUUGUGAUCUUACACAAGAUAAUUUUUGAAA